GGUUGUACUAUGGACCCUGUGACUAAUACUACCUUUUAUAGAGUGCUGUUUGAACAAAUGAUUACAACGAGUCAGUUUCUCUCAACAAAUGAUUUAGAAGUAGACAGGCACAAGUUCCUAGACAUGAGCUCAGGUACAGCCAACGGCAGCAGUAUGGAACUGGGGGAGUGCAUCCGAAACACGGGCUUCCAUGAGGAUGACAAGACGGAGGAUGCUGUUGGUGGCGAUGAAGAGAACAGGACUUCGACGGUCAGGAUGUCCCCGGGCGGAGAGGAGGAUACCUAUACCCAAAUCAAACCUUACGCGGGAAUGCCCAAAGAGGUCCUGCUUUUAUAUUCAGGCCAAGCUCGCUACCGGCUGCCCCGGGAGAUCCUGUUCUGGCUGACCGUUGCGAGCACCUUGGCGCUGGUCGCACUGACCAUCACGGUGGUCGUUCUGUCGCCCCGUUGCCUCAGCUGGUGGCAGUCCUCUCCUGUGUACCAGAUAUACCCGCGCUCCUUCAAGGACUCAGACAGCGAUGGCAUCGGAGACCUCAAAGGUAGUAUAUUCAAAUUCUUUAGAGUAGCCUAUUUUCUCAUAACCUACUUGGUGUUCGUAUUAAUUCAUUGUCAUAAUUCAUAAAACGUUGGUGUAGCACGGUGAGCACUAUCCAACUCCAAUGAAUUAUGGCGCAUGUUAGUAGAACUAUGGCUAUACCAUUAUGUUUGAUGAGUCUAUUUAAGAGCAUGAUGAGCGCUUACCUGGAGUCAUUACCGCCGGGUAUUGAAGUCAGAGGAUUGUUGUUCGUGCUUUAAAUUGCACUUGUUUUACGCAUCACUCGUUUUAUGGUCAUAAACAUCAGUCUCCAAACAUCCCCACAUAUUUCCCAGAAUCAAGGAGACAUAACAUCCUGAGCAACAAACCCGUUACAGACUUAAUACUCUUACUGUACCCUUCCUCUAGUAGAACUACCACAGCUCCAGCUAAGAGGUCUGGACCUUUAUGGUACAGUAGAUAUUGGCUUGCCCUUUAGCCGGAGAGUUAAUGGUUCAAGCCCAACCUUGACUAUUGCACAAUAACUUGAUAAUAGAUAACGAUAUAGAUAAUAAGAUGGUUGACAAUCAGAUAAAUAUACACUACCGUUCAAAAGUCUGGGGUCACUUACAAAUGUCCUUGUUUUCGAAAGAAAAGCAUUUUUUUUGUCCAUUAAAAUAACAUCAAAUUGAUCAGAAAUACAGUGUAGACAUUGUUAAUGUUGUAAAUGGCUAUUGUAGCUAGAAACAGCUUUAAUGGAAUAUCUACAUAGGCGUACAGAGGCCCAUUAUCAGCAACCAUCAGUCCUGUGUUCCAAUGGCACAUUGUGUUUGUUAAUCCAAGUUUAUCAUUUUAAAAGGCUAAUUGAUCAUUAGAAAACCCUUUUGCAAUGAUGUUAGCACAGCUGAAAACUGCUGUGCUGAUUAAAGAAGCAAUAAAACGGGCCUUGAGACUAGUUGAGUAUCUGGAGCAUCAGCAAUUGUGGGUUCGAUUACAGGGUCAAAAUGGCCAUGCAAGAAAUUGCCAAGAAACUGAAGAUCUCGUACAAUGCUGUAUACUACUCCCUUCACAGAACAGCGCAAACCGACUCUAACCAGAAUAGAAAGAGGAGUGGGAGGCCCCGGUGCACAACUGAGCAAGAGGACAAAUACAUUAGUGUCUAGUUUGAGAAACAGGCACCUCACAGGUCCUCAACUGGCAGCUUCAUUAAAUAGCACCCACAAAACACCAGUCUCAACGUCAACAGUGAAGAGGCGACUUCUAAUCUUUUCUUUUUAUUGGCCAGUCUGAGAUAUGUAUUUUUCUUUGCAACUCUGCCUAGAAGGUCAGCAUCCCGGAGUUGCCUCUUCACUGUUGACGUUGAGACUGGUGUUUUGCGGGUACUAUUUCAUGUUCUGUGAAGGGAGUAGUACACAGCGUUGUACGAGAUCUUCAGUUUCUUGGCAAUUUCUCGCAUGGAAUAGCCUUCAUUUCUCAGAACAAGAAUAGACUGAUGAGUUUCAGAAGAAAGUUAUUUGUUUCUGGCCAUUUUGAGCCUGUAAUCGAACCCACAAUUGCUGACGCUCCAGAUACUUAAUCAGCACGACAGUUUUCAGCUGUGCUAACAUCAUUGCAAAAGGGUUUUCUAAUGAUCAAUUAGCCUUUUAAAAUGAUAAACUUGGAUUAGCAAACACAACGUGCCAUUGGAACACAGGACUGAUGGUUGCUGAUAAUGGGCAUCUGUACGCCUAUGUAGAUAUUCCAUUAAAGCUUUUUCUGAUCAAUUUGAUGUUAUUUUAAUGGACAAAAAAAUUGCUUUUCUUUCAAAAACAAGGAAAUGUCUAAGUGACCCCAAACUUUUGAACGGUAGUGUAUAUAUAUUUAUUUCAUACACUAACAUUAUUUAGAAUCAUCCUCCGUAGUGUCAAAAAUCAGAAAGCAAUGGUCAGAGUUCUAAGGUUCAUGCACGGUCACUUAGUUUUGCCACUGUGGUUUAACGUUAUUGCACCGUAUGUUCAGGCAUCGUGGAUAAAUUGGAUCACUUUCAGUACCUGAACAUCAAGGCCAUCUGGAUCAGUCCGUUCUACAAGUCCCCCAUGAAGGACUUUGGCUAUGAUGUGGAAGACUUUAGAGACAUCGAUCCACUCUUUGGCUCCAUGCAAGACUUUGAUGACCUCCUCGCUGCCAUGCAUGACAAAGGUGAGCAAUUUUCACAAUAUAUGUAUAUUUUAACAACCAUAGUAGUACAAUUCCUCACUGCUUUUCCACCACUCUCCUAAGUGUCACCUUUGACCUUUCUGCCCUCAGGGUUGAAGUUGAUCAUGGAUUUUAUCCCUAACCAUACCAGUGACACGCACAAGUGGUUCAACCUCAGCAGUAGUGGACAUCCGCAGUACAAAGACUACUACAUCUGGACCAACUGCAAUACUACCCACGCCCCCAACAACUGGGUGAGGAUAAUUUUCACUCUGUCAUUGGUUGUUAUCAUAAUUUAAGUUAUAUUUUGUAGAGGGAUGACCAGUCCAGAGAAUUAACCAAAUAACUGUACUCCCCUGUGUGUGUGUGUGGGUCUUCUCCCCAGGUGAGUGUGUUUGGGAACUCCUCCUGGACAUAUGUUGAGGAGAGGCAGCAGUGUUACUACCACCAGUUCCUCAAGGAGCAGCCCGACCUCAACUUCCGCAACCCACAUGUCCGAAGAGAGAUGACUGUAAGAUAUUGCUCAUGCACAUACACACAAUUUGUGGCCGAUUAAAGACAUGCUCCAGAACUUUGGCGACUAGUAAGUAUUUUUGAAACCUCCCGCUUUGGGCUGGAUGUGUCAAUGUGUAGUUCAUACAUGCAUAAUCAAUGAGCAGAAUUACCGUGUUACCUCAAUUAGCCACGAAAUCCCUAGUUUGUAAGUGACUCGUUUUCUGGAAGCUGUGCUACGCUAUUUUCCCCACAUUUUCCCCCACGUGGGCCAGCCCUAGAACCCGAGCAAUUUGAAUUCUGGACAAUGAGCUUCAACCCUUCACCAUUUCAGUGACAGCUAGCAAGAUGCACACACAGCAGAGUGAGAGCAGUGACGUGGUGCACUGAUCUGCACAUACAGUAUGUGACGUAGUACCCAUUUUCGGGGACCACUUUCUGCUUGUGAGCGCCACUUUCAGAACGACUGGCUCAAAAGUAUAGAAAAGUAUCGGAGAUUUUCUUUAAUCAAAUAAUUAUACAUUUGUCAUGCUAUAUACAGUUUAAGUCGGAAGUUUACAUACACCUUAGCCAAAUACAUAAAAAAUGUUCUGUCUUAGGUCAGUCAGGAUCGCCACUUUAUUUUAAGAAUGUGAAAUGUCACUAUAAUAUUAGAGAGAUUUCUUUCAGCUUUUAUUUCUUUCAUCACAUUCCCAGUGGGUCAGAAGUUUACAUACACUCAAUUAGUAUUUGGUAGCAUUGCCUUUAAAUUGUUUAUCUUGGGUCAAAUGUUUCGGUUAGCCUCCCACAAGCUUCCCACAGUAAGUUGGGUGAAUUUUGGCCCAUUCCUCCUGACAGAGCUGGUGUAACUGAGUCAGGUUUGUAGGCCUCCUUGCUCGCCCACACUUUUUCAGUUCUGCCCACACAUUUUCUAUAGGAUUGAGGUCAGGGCUUUGUAAUGGGCACUCCAAUACGUUGACUUUGUUGUCCUUAACUAAACUUUGGAAGUAUGUUUGGGUUCAUUGUCCAUUUGGAAGACCCAUUUGCGACCAAGCUUUAACUUCCUGACUGAUGUCUUGAGAUGUUGCUUCAAUAUAUCCACAUAAUUUUCCUUCCUCAUGAUGCCAUCUAUUUUGUGAAGUGCACCAGUCCCUCCUGCAGCAAAGCACCCCCACAGCAUGAUGCUGCCACCCCCGUGCUUCACGGUUGGGAUGGUGUUCUUCGGCUUGCAAGCUACUCCCCUUUUCCUCCAAACAUAUCAAUGGUCAUUAUGGCCAAACAGUUCUAUUUUUGUUUCAUCAGACCAGAGGAUAUUUCUCCAAAAAGUACGACCUUUGUCCCCAUGUGCAGUUGCAAACCGUAGUCUGGCUUUUUUAUGGCGGUUUUGGAGCAGUGGCUUCUUCCUUGCUGAGCGGCCUUUCAAGUUAUGUCGAUAUAGGACUCGUUUUACUGUGGAUAUAGAUACUUUUGUACCUGUUUCCUCCAGCAUCUUCACAAGGUCCUUUGCUGUUGUUCUGGGAUUGAUCUGCACUUUUCGCACCAAAGUACGUUCAUCUCUAGGAGACAGAACGUGUCUCCUUCCUGAGCGGUAUGACGGCUGCGUGGUCCCAUGGUGUUUAUACUUGCGUACUAUUGUUUGUACAGAUGAAUGUGGUACCUUCAGGCGUUUGGAAAUUGCUCCCAAGGAUGAACCAGACUUGUGGAGGUCUACAAUUGUUUUUCUGAGGUCUUGGCUGAUUUCUUUUGAUUUUCCCAUGAUGUCAAGCAAAGAGGCACUGAGUUUGAAGGUAAGCCUUGAAAUACAUCCACAGGUACACCUCCAAUUGACUCAAAUUAUGUCAUUUAGCCUAUCCGAAGCUUCUAAAGCCAUGACAUAAUUUUCUGGAAUUUUCCAAGCUGUUUAAAGGGACAGUCAACUUAGUGUAUGUAAACUUCUGACCCACUGGAAUUGUGAUACAAUGAAUUAUAAAUGAAAUAAUCUGUCUGUAAACAAUUGUUGGAAAAAUUACUUGUGUCAUGCACAAAGUAGAUGUCCUAACCGACUUGCCAAACUAUAGUUUGUUAACAAGAAACUUGUGAAGUGGUUGAAAAAUGAGUUUUAAUGACUCCAACCUAAGUGUAUGUAAACUUCCGACUUCAACUGUACAUAAUUUAUUUCCCAGCAAUAAGACCCAGUUUCCCAGGAAUGGUAAAGAGUGAGAGGGGAGGGCUGAGUGAUGAAUGAGAGUGAGAGUAGCCCUGCUCUAGGUGAUGAUUGCUGUGCACUGUACUGUGUGAAUGAGGGAGAGAGAGAGGAGUUGUUUCCGCCCCAUUCAGCUCCUCCAGUCUGUUCUCACGUGAGUCCACCUAGGUGGGGGUUAAGAGAGAGUCUGGUGCCCCACUCAUGUCACAGAGAAGCCUUUAUACUCAGUUAGCUGGCAUAGUACGGCUUACCUGGGCUCUCUGCCCACAGAGAGAGAGUAUAUAGAACACCUCUCAAACUCUUCAAAAAUAAUCCAGGCCUUCUCCUAUGGUCACCUGUGCAAGUAAACAACAGUGGGGUCUCGGCAGCCUUCACCAAUGUGUUGCUACAGUUGCCGUGGUUAUUGAUUGAUGUUUUCUCCUCUGAUUUAGUGGCCAGGUUACUCAUUAUCUCUGAGUAGUUACUAUGGUUUUUACAACUGGACACAGUCAGAGAGCCCAAAGUGCAGGAGAGGGACAGGGACCAUGUGUAACCAGUGGAUGUGUGUCUGUGUGUUUUAUCUAUUGAUGAGUGACUAGGUGUGUAAAAUGACAUCUGUGGUCCUUUAUGAGAACAAGCAGACAUUAUACUGGACAUGACUUGAGUUACAAUCAAUACAUUCAUGUUGAAAUAACUAACAUAUGUACACCGAACAAAAUGAUAAACGCAACAUGCAACAAUUUUUGCAACAGAUUUGACUGAGUUACAGUUCCUAUAAGGAAAUGAGUCAAUUGAAAUAAACGCCAUACACGCUGUCUGCCAUCUGCAUGGUACAGUUGAAACCGGAAUUAAUACGUGAAGAGCACACUUCUCCAGUGUGCCGGUGAGCAUUUGCCCACUGAAGUCGGUUACGACGCCGAACUGCAGUCAGGUCAAGACCCUGGUGAGGACGAUGAGCAUGCAGAUGAGCUUCCCUGAGACCGUUUCUGACAGUUUGUGCAGAAAUUCUUUGGUUGUGCAAACCCACAGUUUCAUCAGCUGUCUGGGUGGCUGGUCUCAGAUGAUCACGCAGGUGAAGAAGCCAGAUGUUGAGGUCCUGGGCUGGCGUGGUUACACGUGGUCUGCGGUUGUGAGGCCGGUUGGACGUACUGCCAAAUUCUCUAAAACGAUGUUGGAGGCGGCUUAUGGUAGAGAAAUUAACAUUACAUUAUUUGGCAACAGCUCUGGUGGACAUUCCUGCAGUCAGCAUGCCAAUUGCACCCACCCUCAAAACUUGAGACAUCUAUGGCAUUGUGUUGUGUGACAAAACUGCACAUUUUAGAGUGGCCUUUUAUUGUCCCCAGCACAAGGUGCACCUAUGUAAUGAUAAUUCUGUUUAAUCAGCUUCUUGAUAUGCCACACCUGUCAGGUGGAUGCAUUAUUUUGGCAAAGGAGAAAUGCUCACUAACAGGGAUGUAAUGACAUUUUUGCACAACCUUUUAGCGAAAUAAGCUUUUUGUGCAUAUUAAACAUUUCUGGGAUGUUUUACAUGAAACAUGGGACCAACACUUUACAUGUUGCGUUUAUAUUUUUGUUCAGUAUAUAAUUUAUAUAGAGAGCCCUACUCUCUUCACCCUGCAGAUUUUCUAUGUGACCAUUUCUAUGUGAUUUUAAAAGCCAUAGGCCCUGUGUAACUGCUUCCUUUCAACUCUCUCUUCAGGAGAUUGUUCGUUUCUGGCUGGAGAAGGGAGUGGACGGGUUCCGUAUGGACGCUGUGAAGCACAUUCUAGAGGCCAAGCACCUGAGGGAUGAGCCCCAGGUGGACCCACAACAAGAUCCUGUGAGCCUCUCCUCAUUUCAGCCCAUACACCUCUCUGAUCCUGGGGAAGACUGUACCAGAUUUCCCCCUGAUUACUUUUGUGAAUUAGAUACUGAGAAAAUGCCUAAGGAAGGCACUCAAAGGCCUGACAAAAUUAGUGUUUUAAUGUAAAGUAACACCUAACAACAACAUUACUUUAUCACAGAUUAAUAGCAUGGGCAUACUCUAAUGGGCUGCCAGAUUGUUCAGCAUAGGGGAAUUAACUUUCCCCUUGAGAGAACGAGAGGCCGGUCUACAUUCUCACAGGGAAGGGAUUACUAGGAGCAUAUUUCUCUGGAUUUGUGAGUCACCGUUAUUUUCCUAAUCUGGCACAAAUACACCAAGCCUCGGCGGUUCCAUCUGUGGCAGCACAGUAACUAGAGAAGGAGAGUCGAGGAAGUAACCUACACUGAUACCAUCCCCCCCCCCCCCCCCUGGUUUCCUCCCCUCUGGCCCUGAUUUUCCUCUUUCCCCCCCUCUGGCCCUGGUUUUCCUCUCCCCCCCCCUCUGGCCCUGGUUUUCCUCUCCCCCCCCCUCUGGCCCUGGUUUUCCUCUUUCCUCCCCUCUCACCCCCCCCCCCCUCUGGUCCUGGUUUUUUCCUCUUUCCUCUGCUCUCUCCCCACUUUCAGGAUACGAUUGACACAGAGUUUGAGCUCCACCAUGACUACACCACCACCCAGUUAGGGCUGCAUGAUAUCCUGCAGGACUGGAGGGGAGAAAUGGAUGUCUACAGUAGAGAGCCAGGCCGAUACAGGUAUCCCACUGUCCUUUUCCCCCCUCAAUGAUUUGUCAGUAACACUUUACAUGAAGUUGCUUUAUACAUGUGUAAUAACACUUAUUACUCCAGUAACAACAUUGUUAUAAACAUGUUGUACAUCAUACUACCCAGGUAUAAUGGAAACUUAAUAUAAAGUGCUACCAAUUGUCAUAUUCUGACUCACCUUCAAGUAAGUGGUAUAUUUCAAUUUGUGUUGUCCUAACUUCCAACAGGUUCAUGGUAGCUGAGUCCUAUGACUAUGAGGAGACUGAGAAGACCAUGAUGUACUAUGGGACACCCUACGUCAAAGAGAGCGACUUCCCUUUCAACUUCUAUCUGAUGGACCUGCCAACUAAUCUGACUGGAACUGGGGCUCAAGGCCUGGUCAAUCUGUGGAUGGCCAACAUGCCAGUGGGGAAAUGGCCAAACUGGGUGGUAAGUGAGUGGUUAGAAAAACAGAACUUGUCAACAUCAGACAUGUAAAAAUGCAGUGUAACAUUAUGAGAUAGCAGAUAUAAAGCUGUAUUGAUAAGAAUUUCACAUGAAAAACAGCAUUUCCCCUGGAUGAAUAGUGGUCUUGAUAGAGCCCUGUUCCAUUCUCUUGUCUUUAGGUUGGGAACCACGAUAAGCCUCGUAUCUCCUCCAGUGUUGGCCAGGACUACAUUAAAGUGAUCAACAUGCUACUGCUCACCCUGCCCGGCACACCCACCACUUACUACGGAGAGGAGAUAGGCAUGGUGAACAUCAAUGUGACCAUCGACGAGAUCCAGGACCCCUUUGGAAAGUUUAACCCUGUAAGUGUACCGAACCUGGGAUGCAUUCACUGAAGUAAAAUGUUUUGAAGUAAAAUGUUUUGAAUGUUGAUAGAAAUUUCAUGGCGGACAUGAUUGCAUAUUCUACAUGACAGACCAUUGUAGCUCUUUCUACACAAUAUAUUUAUAUCUGAACAUUCUGUAACGUUGCAUUUUAUUGAACAAGCCCUUGGUCUACAUUAGGCUCAGCUCUCAACUUCUACCUGUUCUGGGCCUGCUUGUACAACAGUCAACAUCCAGGACUCUCUAAUGCUGACAAUUGUUCCUGUUCCCUCCUGUAGAAUGCCAGUCGUGACCCUCAGAGGUCCCCCAUGCAGUGGAGUGAUGGGCCGAAUGCUGGCUUCAGUGAUGCCAAUCAUACCUGGCUGCCUAUGCACCCACACCACACAACAGUCAAUGUGGAGGUAGAGUACACUGCUCUCUUAGUGAGGAGAUCUGUGUUACAGUCCUCAGUGAAACAGUAAUGAGCGCAGUGUAACAUUGAAACAACAGUCUCUCCAGGAUUCCGUGUUCGCAAUCUUUUUGUGCAAAAUCAACAAUUCCCUGCAUAUUAUUAACAUUUUAUAUUUUAGUCAUUUAGACAGGGUUUCCCAAAGUCGGUCCUGGGGCCUCACCUGGGUGCACGUUUUGGCUUUUGCCUUAGCACUACACAGCCGAUUCAAAAAACCAACUCAUCAUCAAGCUUUGAUUAUUUGAAUCAGCUGUGUAAUGCUAGGGUUAAAACAAAAACGUGCAUCCGGGGGGGGGGGGGGGCAGGACCGACUUUGCUAGGGUUAAAACAAAAACGUGCACCCGGGGGGGGGGGGGGGGGGGGACCGACUUUGGGAAACCUUGAUUUAGUAGACUUAUCCAGAGCGACUUACCGGAGCAGUUAGUUAAGUGCCUUACUCAAGGGCACAGACAGAUUUUUCACCUAAUUGGCUCGGGGCUUCGAACCAGCAACCUUUCGGUUAUUGGCCCAACGCUCUUAAUCGCUAGGCUACCUGCCUCCCCUAUUAUGAAAGGGCUUGCUAAUUUGAUCAAUCACCGCACCAUUUCUGCGUUAAACAGGCAAAUCGUCGCAAUAUUAUUGCAUACAACUGACCCAUCACCGCAGUACAAAAAGAGGCCUUGCAAUUUCAACCAAUCAUCGCACAUUUACCGCAUCAUUUGGUUCAAUCAAGCCACACGUCAACAAACUUUUUCCCUCGUCAGCACAUUUGUGACAAAUUGGACAAAAUCAUUGCAUAUCACCAUGCAAAAUGUCAGAAUUGCUGCAGCAAAAUCAAGCAGCUUUGUCCACAUACAGUAUCACAAAAACUCCCACGAAAACCUGGUGGGACUGAAAAGAACAGUAUUAUGAGGUUGUGUGUAUAGUUGUUCACUGUCAUCGGAUUGAUACUAUCAAUUCUCUAUUCUCCAUGCCCUCCCAAGGCUCAGCAGAAAGACAGCGGGUCAGUUCUGUCUCAGUACCGUGCCCUGAGUCUCCUGCGACAGGCCCAGCUGCCUCUCCAUCGGGGGUGGAUGUGUUACGUCUGGAGCGACGCGGACGUCUUUGCCUUUCUGAGGGAGAUAGACGGCCUGGACAAGGCCUUCCUCGUGGUGCUCAACUUUGGAGCGGACUCUGUUAUAAACCUCUCAGCCAUAACAGAGCUGCCGGAGAAGCUAACACUUCAUAUGAGCACCAAGCAGGAAAACUAUGGGAUGCCGGUGAUUAAAUCUUCAAUUUCCACGGCGCGAGGGGAGGGGCUGCUACUUGAGUACUCCACCCACGUGCGGUUCAACCCUGGCCACGCCUCCCAGUGUUUUGUCUCAGAGAAGGCCUGCUACCUGGGAGUCUUGGACAUUCUGUAUAAGUGCUGAGUACUGCAGCCUCAGAGUGGGAGGAGAAAUCACCAUGUCCUCGACAAUCAAAUGUGUUAUGAUGAGACUGGCUGUGAUUGAGUCAGUGUAUGUUCAAAUAAGUUGACUGUUUGUUCAAAAUGGUUGUUAUUUGUUGUCAUUAAAAACAGCAUUAAUGUUCCAAA